AUGUCCCAUCUGACAGAGGUGUCUUGGAAGCCUCCAAAGAACGACGGUGGUGCACCCAUCACCGGUUACGUAGUGGAGAAACGCGAAGCCUCCAAACGCACCUGGACACCCCUUCCAGGCGGGCCGGUCAAAGCCACCAGUGUCACCGUGCCUGAUCUGAAACCCGGUCUAACCUACUUCUUCCGCGUCAUGGCACAGAACGCUAAUGGCUGGUCUGAACCGACAGAAACUGAGUCACCACUCCGGGUAGAAGCCCUGUCCAAACCGCCUACCGCGCCUGAUGCGCCCAAAGUAUCUGAGGUGACCGCCACCACUUGCCAAUUGACUAUUCAACCGCCUUCCUCGGACGGUGGUUCGCCCCUCAGAUUCUACCAUCUGGAGAAACAGGCCAAUCAGAAGGGUUCCUGGGUAAGGGCUUGUAAAGAUAAACUACCAAUCCCCGUGGGAACUGAGGACAAACCGCUGACCGUCACAGUAACCGAUCUGGUAGCGGACAAUACCUACGAGUUCCGCGUAGCCGCUGAGAAUGCAGACUGCCUCACUGGUGAAUUCUCUCGCCCGAGUCACCGCGUCUCAACCAAGCCGCCCUUCAAUGUUCCUGGGAGACCGUCAAGACCCGAGUUGAAGAUUGCCACAGAAAAUACGGCCACAGUCACCUGGAACCCUCCGUACGACGACGGGGGCGAUGCCGUCAAGAGGUACACUGUACAGUACAAGGUAAAUGACUGUUGA